AUGAACGUGGCGCGAUCAGAUAGGCAAUCUGUAUGUCACGUCGUCUCUUUCUGCAGUUGCUUACUACGCCAUACCAAUCAGCAACCUUGGCUUGUAUGUUGUUGGCUGGAACUCGCUCGCCCUAUUGGCUGCAGGGCAGCUAUCCGCAAAGCCAGCACUGUGGCUCCGUGGGUUGACCGCAAAGCCGCGGCCCGCGAUUAUUCAGAAGGCUGGCCAAGCAAUGUUAUCGGCCCAUCCCCCGAGCUCUACAGCGCGGCCACAAUCACCCCUCGCGAGGCCACCUUGCAGGACAUCGAAAAGUUCAAGCAAGACUGGGUCUCUGCCGUCCGCCGAGCUCUAAAAGCAGGAGUUGAUGUAAUCGAAGUCCACGCGGCGCACGGCUAUCUCCUCCAUGAAUUCUACUCACCCUCCUCCAACCACCGCACCGACGCCUACGGCGGCUCCUUCACCAACCGCGUUCGCCUCCUCAUCGAAACCAUCGACCUGCUCCGCGCCGAAGUCCCCAGUGGCUUCCCCAUCAUGGUCCGCAUCUCGGCGACCGACUACCUCGAAUGGGACCCUUCGCUCCCUCAAUUCACGCUCGACGACGCGGUCAGACUUUGCAAACUCCUGGCCGAAGAGCACGGGGUCCAUUUCAUCGACGUCUCAGGCGGUGGGCUAGAUGCAAGGCAAAAGAUCAAGUCUGCGCCCGGGUAUCAAACGCCCCUUGCCGAAGCGAUUCGGAAGGCGGUUCAGGGGACCGGGUGUUUGGUUGGCACCGUGGGCGAGAUUACGUCCGGAACGCAAGCGCAGGGGAUUUUGGAGGAGGAGAAGGCGGAUGCGGUAUUGGUGGGGAGGGCAUUUUUGAAGAAUCCGUCCUUGGUGUGGAGUUGGGCGGAUGAGUUGGAUGUGGAUAUUCACGUGGCGAGCCAGUAUGGUUGGGGGUUCGGCAUGACGAGGACUCAUCGGCAUAAGAGGCAUGGCUAAUAUAGUAGAGCUGCAUGAGAUAGAUCUCUUUCUAUUUCCAGC